GAGAAAGCUGAGUGGAUUGAGGUGACACCGCAAAUGCUUGGUUAUUCGCCGCGUAAAAGCGUCUCGCCUCCAGCCAAGAUUAGCACUAUCGGAAUUCACUUUCAGUCCCCGGACCUGAAUGUGCUUUAUUCAGCCCUUGAGGAUAGGCUUUCGGCCAGCGUGCACAAGGACUCCACCGAAAGUCAUCAGACUCCGCAAACGCCUCUGGACUCUACAGAACUUUCCAAACCGUCAACCCUCCAAGAACCCUGUUACACCCAGUUUGGCGAAUGGGCCAGUCGUCCUGAAAUUUCAGAGUAA